CACUGUCUGCAACAAAUUUUUCUCACUCAAAACUCAGUGCUCUUGUCUGCUCCUUCAAUGGCGGCUUCUCAUCUUCUUUCUCACUCACCAACUUUUCCCAAAUUCCUUAAAUACCCUUCAAACUCCACCACAAACCCAUUUGUUAGCAAGCCCAUUAUCACCUUCAAACCCAUCUCAAGAACCCUAAACCUAAGGGCGGUCCUGUCCCAAAACCCUACAAAAACCCUAGCAUCUGACCCACAAACUCAAAGUUUUCAGCACUGUUUCACCAAAUCUGAAGAUGGGUAUUUGUACUGUGAGGGCCUUAAGGUUGAGGAUGUCAUGGAGACAGUGGAGAGAAGGCCUUUCUAUCUUUACAGCAAGCCCCAAAUCACAAGAAAUGUCGAGGCUUACAGGGAUGCUUUGGAGGGUUUGAAUUCGGUUAUUGGGUAUGCAAUCAAAGCCAACAACAAUCUCAAGAUUUUGGAGCAUUUGAGAAAGUUGGGUUGUGGUGCUGUGCUGGUCAGUGGCAAUGAGCUCAGAUUGGCGCUUCGUGCCCGGUUUGAUCCCACUAGGUGUAUUUUUAAUGGAAAUGGAAAGCUCUUGGAGGAUCUGGUAUUAGCCGCCCAGGAAGGUGUUUUUGUCAAUGUUGAUAGUGAAUUUGAUUUAGAAAAUAUUGUAUCGGCUUCAAGAAUUGCUGGGAAGAAGGUUAAUGUAUUACUCCGGAUAAAUCCAGAUGUGGAUCCUCAGGUCCAUCCAUAUGUUGCCACUGGAAAUAAGAAUUCCAAAUUUGGUAUUAGAAAUGAGAAGCUGCAAUGGUUUCUGGAUUCUGUGAAGGCACAUCCAGAUGAGCUGAAGCUUGUGGGCGCCCAUUGCCAUCUCGGCUCUACCAUUACCAAGGUAGACAUUUUCAGGGAUGCUGCAGUCCUUAUGGUGGAUUACAUCGACCAAAUUCGAGCACAGGGCUUCGAAAUAAAUUAUUUAAACAUUGGAGGUGGUCUGGGGAUUGAUUAUUAUCAUGCUGGAGCUAUCCUACCUACACCCAGAGAUCUUAUCAACACUGUACGGGAACUGGUCCUUUCACGAAAUCUCAACCUCAUCAUUGAACCUGGGAGAUCUCUUAUUGCAAAUACUUGCUGCUUGGUAAAUCGUGUGACGGGGGUAAAAACUAAUGGUACAAAAAAUUUUAUUGUCAUUGAUGGCAGCAUGGCAGAACUUAUCCGUCCUAGCCUUUAUGAUGCUUAUCAACACAUAGAACUAGUUUCUCCUUCACCAUCUGAAGCUGAGAUUUCUACUUUUGAUGUGGUGGGCCCAGUCUGUGAGUCAGCAGAUUUCUUGGGAAAGGAAAGGGAACUUCCCACUCCAGCUAGGGGAGCUGGCUUGGUAGUUCAUGAUGCAGGUGCUUAUUGCAUGAGCAUGGCAUCAACUUACAACCUCAAGAUGCGCCCACCUGAGUACUGGGUCGAAGAAGAUGGAUCAGUAACCAAGAUACGGCAUGCAGAAACAUUUGAAGACCAUAUGAGAUACUUCGAGGGUCUUUAAUUUUGUUUGUAGCAGACGUGAUUAUUUUUACCGUAGCAGGGUAAGAGUCUUGAGCUUUGCUCUUAUGUUUGCAGGGUCUGCUAAUGCAUGCCCUGGAUAUUGUGUAUCUGAAAAUUGUGCCGCUGAAUAAUGUAUCAGUUCUGUUAAACAAUCCAGUACAAUCUACUUAGAGGAAUGGUAAGAUCAGGAAGCUGCUAUUUUCUCA